AUCGUGAAGUACGUGUCAAGUUGCAUGUUUGUUUUGCGAAAAUAUUGUGCUUCAUUUACUUUAUUUUCUUACUCAAAUACAGUGCUAUUAUUCCGCAAAGAAACCGGUAGUACCACUACAAAAGAGAUUUCAGUAAAAAGUUUUUAAUACAUCGUUUAAAAAGUUAACCAAUCAAAAUGGUGGUAUCUGAAGAGCAGCCCCCGGUAGUGGAAGGAGACGCGGCCGCCAGUAAGAAAGCUGCAAAGAAGGCCGCUAAAGCUGCUGAGAAACAACAGAAAAAGGCUGAACAUAAGGCAGCCUCCAACCAGCCCCAGGUUGAAGUCCCAGAGACGGACGUCUCCGUUGGCCGCUAUGGGGUACUCAAGAUGAUCCAGUCCACCGGGGAGAACCGUGACCGAGUAUACACUGACGUCAAGGAUCUGAACGUCAAGCUGAACGGACAGAAUGUUUGGGUUAGAGCCCGUCUCCAAACAUCUCGAGCUAAAGGCAAGCAGUGCUUCGCAGUGCUGAGGCAGAGCAGCAGCACUGUGCAGCUGCUCAUCAGUGUGAACGAGGAGCGAGCAGUCAGCAAGCAGAUGGUCAAGUUUACCGGCAACAUAACAAAAGAAUCAAUAAUCGACGUAUACGCGACCGUAGUGAAGACGGCUUCCCCUAUAGAGUCGUGCACAGUGGGUGACGUGGAGCUGGCGGCCACGGAGAUCUGGCUUGUGUCUGCCGCCAGGCCACAGCUGCCGCUGCAGAUUGAGGAUGCUGCUAGGCCUGAGAAGAAUGAUGACCCGGAAGCGCUUCGUAUCCGCGUGAACCAAGACACUCGGUUGGACAACCGCGUGCUGGACCUGCGCACCCCCGCCAACCAGGCCAUCUUCCGGAUAGAGGCCGGCGUCUGUCGACUCUUCAGAGAUAUACUCACUAAGCAAGGUUUCGUAGAAAUCCACACGCCAAAGAUAAUCUCCGCGGCGUCUGAGGGCGGCGCGAACGUGUUCACGGUGUCGUACUUCAAGUCGUCCGCCUACCUCGCGCAGAGCCCGCAGCUAUACAAGCAGAUGGCAAUCGCUGCUGAUUUUGAUAAGGUAUUCACAGUAGGCGCAGUGUUCCGCGCGGAGGACUCGAACACGCACCGCCACCUCACGGAGUUCGUGGGCCUCGACCUGGAGAUGUCGUUCAAGCAUCACUACCACGAGGUGCUCGACACCAUCGCCGGCAGCCUCACGCAGUUGUUCCGCAGCCUCGCACAAGAGUACGCAUCAGAGAUAGCGACAGUAGGUCAGCAGUACCGCGUGGAGCCGUUCAAGUUCCUCGAGCCCCCGCUCGUGCUGCAGUUCCCUCAGGCCAUACAGAUGCUCAGAGAAGCUGGAGUAACAGUAGGCGACGAAGACGACCUCUCAACUCCUGACGAGAAACUGCUCGGCAGACUAGUGCGAGCGAAGUACGACACCGACUUCUACGUGUUAGACAAGUACCCGCUAGCAGUCAGACCCUUCUAUACCAUGCCUGAUGCUGACAACCCGAAAGUAUCAAACUCGUAUGACAUGUUCAUGCGCGGUGAGGAGAUCCUGAGCGGAGCGCAGAGGAUACACGACCCCGAGUUCCUCACUGAGAGAGCUAAACAUCAUGGCAUCGAUAUCUCGAAGAUAGCAGCCUACAUUGAAUCGUUCAGGCUGGGAUGUCCUCCUCAUGCAGGUGGCGGUAUCGGUAUGGAGCGAGUAGUAAUGUUGUACCUGGGACUGGACAAUAUCCGCAAGACUUCGAUGUUCCCGCGCGACCCCAAGCGAGUUACGCCUUGAUUUGUAUGAAAAUCACAAUUAAAUAAUAUAUAAAAUGUGCUAUGCAACUUGUUUGAUUUUUUUAUAAUAAAAUGUUAAGUCUUGGUGUAACUUUUUAUGUGAUAAAUGUUUUUUUAAUACACUAAUUUAUAUGAGAAAGUUAAGGAACGAUAUGACAAUUUAAAGAAAGAAAGUUUUAAUAAAAUAUGUAAUGGGGAGUUUAAUUUGUAAUGAUAUUAUGCAUUUUAUUUUUAUAUGAAAGUUACUCCAAGAUUUUCGACUAAGGCCUAUUCAGACCUAAGCGGUAUUCGCUACCGUCUGCGGCAGAGAAAACCCUAGGGAGAAGGGGUUAAUAUUACUGUUCACACCAAAACGGAUUUCGCUAUCCUUGUGGGUAGAAUAACGCGCGGUAGUUGAGUUUCGCUCAGAAAGGUAAGAAAUUUUCGCGGAGUGAGGGGCGUGAUGCAUGCCGCAGCUCCCGCGCGGUAUGUAGGUACUUCUAUCCACAGCGGCAGCGAAUAUCGCUCAGGUUUGAAUAGGCCUUUAAUAGGUAAAUAAGAAGCCACAAAAUAUAUUGUAUACAGUUUUUAAACCAAUUCGAUCAUUAUAAAAGUUUAUUUAGAA